CCAAUAUGCUUUGCGCCGAAAUACACUUCCUGGUUACUUUGUACCCUGGUUUCCUUUUUCUGUCAGCUGGUUGAUCUACAACAACAAUAACUGUCAGGGAGGCAGUUUUGGUGGAGUUGGUCUGAGGCAGAGUGAAUAAAGCUCCGUUCAUCAGAUGAUCAGGAUUCUGCAGAGCCUGAAUGGAGGAUUUCAGGCGGAGAUUCCUGCGUCUGUGUGAGGAGGGAGGGAUGGAGCCUCAGGAGAGUGUUGUGGCUCAGCUCCAGGAGAGCAGGUCUGCUCAGGGGUCCAAACUGGAUCUGAGUGGACAGAGCCUUUCUGCAGAUACCUGCUCAGUGCUGGCCAAGGCAUUGCAGAAGGAUACAGUCUUUACUGAGGUGUCGCUCAGUGACUGCAUGCUCAGCGAGGAAGGUGCCAAAGUACUCCUCAGCGGACUGUUUGACAACACAACCAUAAAAGUUCUGGAUCUAAAGGGGAAUAACCUGAGAUCAUCAGGGGCUGAGGUGCUGGGGAAGUUGUUAGCACGGAACAAGACACUGCAUAGGCUGGUGUUGGAGUGGAAUGCGUUGGGAGUGUGGGAUGAAGCCUUCUCCCUCUUCUGCAGCGGUUUAGCUUCUAACUGUGUGCUGACACAUCUGGACCUGCGCAACAAUCAGAUCAACCACCACGGAGCAUCUGAGCUCGCUCUGGCGCUCAAAUGCAACAGCACACUGGAAGUUCUAGAUCUGAGGUGGAACAAUAUUGGCCUGCUGGGAGGCAGAUCCAUGCUGGAGGCACUUCAGAAAAAUAAGAGCAUAGUGCAGCUGGAGAUGGCUGGUAACAACAUACCCAGUGAUACUCUCAAAGCUCUUGAGCAAACCACAGGGCACAACUCAGACAGGCAGUCCACCCUGAGAGAGAGCCGCAGCCGGACCAAAGUCCUCAGCAAGGAGAUUCAGAUGCUGAAAGAGGAGAAGGGCCGGCAGUUUCUAAGCCUGAUGGAAACCAUAGACAGGCAGAGGGAGGAGAUGGGACACUCCAGUAGGUCAACCUGCAUGCAGAUCGGUCAACUUCAGGAAGCUCUGAAUGAAAGAAAGUCAGCUGUCAACUCUCUCACAGCCAAGCUGCAGAUGACAGAAGCUGCCCUGGUCCUCUCGGAGCAGAAAAACCACAACAUGGGAGAACUGCUGUCCCGACUGAAAGCUGAGAAAGAAGAACAGAGGGAACGACAGAGCAAGGAGAGGAAGAAAGAGAAAGAGGACGGUGUGCUAAGAGAGGGAAAAUUCCUCAGAGACAUCCAAAACCUGACAGAGACCAACAGUCAACUCAGGAAUAAAGUGGAGGAGAUGGAGCGCAGGUGUAAGUCUCAGCAGCAGCAGAUAUUUGAGCUGAAGCAGGAGCUGACCAACAGCACAGCUGAACUCAAGCUGCGACUAGCACAGGCAGAAGACCGUUUGGAAUCAGAGAAGCGACGGUCCAAGCAAGCCUUGGAUGACAUGGACAGUCUCCGACAGAAAGAGGUGGAGCAUAUAAAUCGACAUCUAGAAGAAAGUGAGAGGGUCCUGCAGGAUCGCAUUUUCAAACUGGAGGCACAGCGGAUACAACUGGAAGAGGAACUGAGUAAAGCUAAAGCAGCGUUUGUGACAGAAAGGGCCCAAGCAGAGGAGGAGCUGGGAAGAGUGCGAGCUCAAGCGCGUUUGGAGGAGCAGGAGCACGUGUCAUCCUUGGAGGAGAAGCUGCGCUCGGUGCGUUCGUCCCUGCAGGAGGUCCAGCUCCACUGUUCCCAGCAGAAACAGACCAUCUCUGAGCUGCAGGCCAAGAACAGCCAGCAGAGCAUCGAGAUGGAUGGACUGCGACGCAGGAUAGAGGAGCUCCAGCAGGAGCUGUCCUGUAAAGACCAGGAGAAGGUGGCCGAGGUGGGCCGGGUGAGGGUGGAGCUGCAGGAGCAGAUCGGACAUCUGCAGGCAGAGAGGACGGCUCAGGGAGGACUCAAAGAAAAGAUCAAUGCUCUGGAAAGAGAACUUAAAGUACUAAACAGUAACCACAGAGAGGCUCUUCUUGACAAAGAGAGUGAGAUGUCUUCCAUGUUGGAGAAGCUGCGGCUGAAGGAGGCAGAGAUCCAGAGGAUGAGGGAGGACGAGGCCAACAGAGCCAGCUAUUUACAGAGUGCCGUCCUCUCAUACAUUCACGGCUCACCGCUGGGACACUACAGCAGCCCCAAGAAAUGAGCCAACAAUAACUUCUGAGCUCUCUCAGGUUUCCUGCACAGGUCAGGGCAGUCUGCUGGGCAAUCCAUGGUAUAGUUCGCUGGAGCUGACAGAUAUUCUGAAGUGGAAAGACAAUAUUAUAAGGCAAUCAGCACUCAGCAGUAUGACCCUACCUAGUAAAAUGUCAGAAAAUAUCUCAUCAGGAUCUGAUUAGUUUAAUCUGUGUCCUGGUUUGCUACUUUUUUUUUCAUUGGUGCACUGAAUAACUACACACCAUGAUUCUUUAGUUCCAGUAAGAGGUAUUUAUCUUUACAAGUAAAUGAAUCCACUUGUGAUGAUGUAACCAUCCUGCAUCUGGGUCUGCUGCUCUUGACAAUUUAACAUGCUGCAGUGCUUUGUCUUGUUUAUUGAAUAAGCACAAGCUCCCCCAAACUAUCCUGCUGUCAGUCUCGAUCUCUUCAGCUUUAUAUUAGCACCGUUCAUGUGUAGCACAUCUUUAAGCUAAGUUUUUAUAAACUCGUGGUAUAAAAUUCAUCUCGUGUUUUUUCUGCAUUAGAAAAAAAAAAAAAAAUCACUCCCAGACUGCAAGAUUUCAGCCAGGAUCAGGACUUUGGCAUCUCAGGCAGUCAGUUGGCUGAACCUUUGUCUGUUUUCAGUGUCUUCUUCCUACCAUACAAUGACAUUUGUGUCUGCCCAUUGGGGACCCUCAAGAUGUAUAUUUACUAAGAACAAUUAAACUGUUAACCUGCAUUUUCCCUGAUCUAAUGUAAACGCAUUAGAACAGGGAGAGUGUGUGUGCAUCAGCUGACUCAUAGCUCUGUAGCUGUCAUCAUACGUCAUCUAGCCCAACUUCACUAACCAAAUGUUGCUGUUAUUUAGUUUUUCAUCUUUGUUAUGUCCAAAGUUAUAGCUCAAUAUUUUUGGUUUUUGUUUCAGAAGUACUUCAUUGAGGGCAUGGUAUAUCCUCUUUAGAUGAAAAUUGUUUUAUUGCAGGCGACUGUUGUGAUCAGGCACUGUAUAAAAUAAAACUGAUGUGGUUUGAAAACUAGCUAGAUAGCUUACUGUGCUAAACCUUAUAAAUCAUUGGUUAAAUCCCCUGGGAAAACAAAACACACAAGCAAUAUGAGGCAAGAAACUGAAGAAUCUGACUGGGCUGUAAAUAUGCAGUUUAAUGCUGUAAAGUUUGGCGUUUUAACACAGGAGCUUAUGGGGACUGACUCACUUUAGGCGCAAGCUCCAAGUGGCCAUUUAGAUGAACUGCAGUUUUUGGUACUUUGAUGUUGGUCUAAUUUUUCAACCCUGGCAAAUGAAAUGGGAAAUGACAUCAGACUUAACAAGUGGAUUAGGUUUCAUAUCACUUGGAUGGCAUUGUUGGUACAGUACAUGAAUACAAUGAAUACAGUAUAUGAAGACAUGUUAACCGACAUCUUCAUACUGACCUGAAACAAUCUUGAGUGGUGGUUUCAGCUUUUUCCAUCGGUGAAGGUCAAAAAGGACACAAUCCUGUGAUCACCUCAUCUUCAUGUUUCUAAAGUUUCCAUUCUUAUGUCCUUAGCUUACAGUACAUGCAAUAAACUGUGAUUAGCAUUUACUGAUCGUCAUAUCUGCCUUAUUCUGUUGAACCUGGUCUGCUUCUUUUCUCCUCCAGUUUAGAUAAAUGUAAAUGUUUACAUACAAAAUGAGAUUUGGUUCAAAUAUGCCUUAAUGUUGUCUAUUACAUUAGACGGCUGAUGCAGAGCAGGAAACUGUUGAAAUAUUACCUGCUGUUUUUACAAAAAGAUAUCUAUAAUGAAAGUCCAAAUUAAACUGUCUUUGUAACACUGUAUUAUUUCAGAUAUGAUAUUAAUGACGAUAUUUCUAUUUUGUGCCAAUAAAUUGUG